GCAGCGAGCCAUAAGCGGGUACGUUACGUCGGACGGUGUAUGGCGACUCUUUCUUCAAUUCUUCUUCUUCUGUUAAGUCGGUGGCCAUAAAGAAAACCAUUCGAUUAAACUCGGGAUAUCGAAAUUUUUUGUUUUCGAUUCGUUUUCAAUUUAUUGGUGUUGUGAUUUAUUUGCUCAUUGGUGUUCUUCACUCAGUAGUGAAAAUAUUAAAAAAAACACGUAGUUAAUGGUUGUCCUACACUACGUUUAUCCCAAAUAGUCGUUCGUACAAGUGUUAAUCAAGAGUUUUUUUUAAAAAAAAGGUCCCCAACCACUCUCGCGUGUGCCUGUUAGCGCAGAACUGGCCAACUGAGUUCGGCGUUUGGCGCUGCAGCAUCAAAGCAGCGGCAGCAGCAACAACAACAACGACAUCAUCUACAGCAUGAGGAGACUUUUAUCCCACAUUCAUCAUCAUCUCAGUAAAAGCUCAUCAGUAAACUUGUCCGAAAGAUGAACCAUAAUUCGUCUUCUAGUCUUAAGCUCUUCAUUACCCUUAUGAUUGGCAUAGUCAUUGGCUUCACAUUUUCUCAGGUGAUGGACACAUCUCGAUAUGAGAUACCAAAUUUAGGAACAUCCUUAAAAAAUCCCGAUGUUUGGUCCAAUAAUCCUUGGCAAGAGGAAUAUGCUGCUUUUAAUUUCAACGAUACUAAUGAAACAAUUAAUGAGUGGUCUGCAAAUUUAUCUGAACUCAAUACCAAAAUGGCAGACCAAUUGUAUGACGAGGUGAAAGUGCUUUGUUGGAUUCUUACCGGACCAGCCAACCAUGAGAAAAAAGCUAUCCAUGUGAAAAAUACAUGGGGUUCAAGAUGCAAUAAAUUAUUAUUCAUGAGUUCGGCGGAGGACUCCAAAUUGGGGUCCAUUAAAUUACCAGUAGGAGAGGGCAGAGGAAAUUUGUGGAAUAAAACCAGAGAAGCUUUCAAAUAUAUUUAUGAUCAUUAUUUGGACGAGUACGAUUGGUUUCUGAAAGCGGACGAUGAUACCUAUGUAAUCGUGGAGAACCUUAGAUUAUUUUUAUAUCCCAUGUCCACAGAAGCUCCAGUAUAUUUUGGCUGCAAAUUUAAGCCCCUCGUCAGACAGGGUUACAUGUCUGGUGGUGCUGGCUACGUUCUAAGUAAGGAGGCUCUUAAACGUUUUGUGGAGUUGGGCUACAGCAACAAAACUAUUUGCCAUCCUGGCAAAGGGGGCUCUGAGGACAAGGAAAUGGGCAAAUGCCUUCAAAAUGUUGGAGUAGUUGCCGGUGAUUCCCGCGAUGAUCAGCAUCGUGGACGAUUCUUUCCCUCUGGCCCUAAUGGCCAUUUGAAGCCAAAACCAAAAUCGAAUUGGUAUUGGCGUUAUAUAUACUAUGCCACAGAAGAUGGUUUGAACUGUUGUUCGGAUUAUGCCAUAUCAUUCCAUUACAUACAUCCGGACCAGAUGUAUGUAAUGGACUAUUUAAUUUAUACACUACGACCUUUCGGUAUAUUACCGAAUUCACUGCAACUGCCACCUAAAAAGGAUAUGAACGAGUUAUUGGAUAAAUGGAGAAAUGAAACAUCAAAUAAUCCUUUAUGAUGAAUAUUAUCCUCAGUAAAGCAUAUUGUGAUUGAGAAGCAAAAUUUAUUGCAGAAAAUUGCCUAUAAAUCGAAAUACCUAUAAGUCAAACUUAAAUUAUUACAAAAAUAAACUUAAACUUUUCGAGUUCAUAGUAAGAACUUCAUAACCUGUUAAAA